CAAUACCAAAGCCACAACACGAUAGCAUUACCAACACCAACACCAAUACCAAAGGCAGCAGCAGCAACAAGAACGACUGCAAGAGCAAGAGGACACCGUUGGACUUGUUUAUCCUCAGAUUGGGAGAAAGCUGAAGAGCCUACGGCUAGACAGCAACGACUUCAGCAAGGCAACAAUAGUGUUUCGCCACACUUGGCAAGACUUGGACAAGGUCACGCAUUCGGUUUCUCUUUGUAACCUGACUGUUUUGUCUCUGAAAAGCUGCAAGCUGCGCCGGUUGGACGAUGAUGUGGCGGAACUGGGGUGCCUGAAAGAGUUGUAUCUCGAGACCAACCUCAUCUUGAAUCUUCCCGAAACUUUCACCAGACUCCGAAUGCUAGAGAUCUUGGACGCAAAGAAGAACCGCUUGCAGGACUGCCCCGAGGCGAUAGGCAGCCUCUCCCUCUUGAAGCGAUUGGAGCUAGACGGCAACCGUCUGGAAGUCCUUCCGCCAUCGCUGUCUCAGCUCACCCAGCUGGAGGUGCUCACCCUGUCGUCCAACCACGUCUAUCAACUUCCUGACGAAAUUGUGGGGCUUGCCAAGCUCAAGGUGGAAACGCUUGAUGUUAAUGGCAAUAUGCUCACGCACCUUCCGCCGGGAUUCGGCGCCCUCCGGCUUCGGAGCCUGAAGCUAUCCUACAACCGCCUCGAGACGUUGAGACAUGAGGUUUUCCGACCUAAGCUGAACGGCACAUUGAGACAGCUAUGGCUAUCGAACAACAACCUUCUCCAGCUCCCGGACUCUUUCGUCGAGUUAUCGAAGGUGCAGGAGGUGCAGAUGGAUUCGAACCCCUACAAGUCUCCCCCUCCCGAGCUUCUCGCCGAAGGAAUCACCACCGUCAUGCAGUACGUCAGGGUGCGGAUGCAUCGAAUCGACCUCUUGCAUAAGCUCAUCCUCAACAGAUUGAGUCCACAGGGUGGGGGACAGCCAAGACAACAACAGCGGAAGUAUCCUAUCUCAGAAAUGCCUUGUCUCGUCAACUACAGGGGUUUCGACACUUGUUUGGAAGCGCUUGUGCCGCAGUGUUGCGGGGUUCUAAUGUCCAACACUGGAUACCUGACUCCGCCCGACCUGGACGAAUUUGACAAGGCCAUCAACCGUUUCAUCAACGGAGAUUUCUACCGACACCCCCUCACAGCCGAAACAAUACUCGACGUCGUUCAGGACUUGAGGGCUACCAGGAAGAAGGAGUUCUACGAACGGAUAGUAGCUCAUUUGAUGGCCCAGAUAUUUUUCGAGGAGACCCGGGAUGUUUUCAGCGAGAACGUGUUCUGCAGACACACAACGAGGCCGUGGGGCAGGAGGGGUGGUCCGGUAAUAGGUUUGUGGACCUUCAUACAGGGGGAUCUCGGGACAGUAACACUCAAGGUGGGGUGCCUGGCGAUCGCCCUGAGUGCCCUGUUCGAAGACACCCCGAAGAACGCCUUCGUCGAGGAGUUCCGCCCGGCGUUCUGGACAGAGGCCCUCAAAACUCUGCCGAGAACUGUGUUCGAGUAUUCACACAAGGCGCUUCGCAAGGCCCUCCUCACUCUCCGGAGCGCUUAUGGACCGAUCGCUACGUUCGAGGACCUCACCUUCGAGUUCUGUGAGUGCAUAGACCCGAACACCGGCGAGGAAAUACGGCAUCCCAAGGGAGAGUGCGUUGUCCCCGGGCUGGUGGUGGUAAAGAUUAUUUACACGGCUCAGGAAGCGCUGCGACGGAAGGAAGAGGAAAAGGAAGUCUUCGAGGCUUUCAAGAAGACCGACACUCAGGUGCGGAAGUGGAUCAAGACGAAACAGGGCAGCACUAGAGUCACGGAUGAGGUCAAAAAGCGAAAAGCGGUCCAAUCGUUCAGGGUUGGCAUCAUCGACGCUUCCAUUGCCCAAUUGCAGGGGCUGGUGACGCUGAAGCAGGAGCUGCUAGUCUUCGCGCAGCAGCGAAAGACGCAGUUCGACAACGGAGAGCCGUUCCACUUUCAUUCUCUGGCCAACACCGAGGAGGCUACCGCUCUUGUGGAGAACGCGGAGAAGGAAGUCAACGACAAGCGAGAUGAAAUUGAAGCAUUGGAGCUCGAGAGGACCCACCUCAAGGUCAAACUGAAGGAGAGGGUGCCGGAGAUAGCGGCUCAGCUUGAGGACAGCCUUGUGGACAAGUACUGCUACGUCGAGUACACUGAAAUCUUGAACAGGAACAGGACCAGGGCGCUGAAGGAAGGAUGGAGGAGGCCAUGGGAUGGUAUGGACGGGGAAGAUUUUGGGAAGUGGGCGAAGGAGAGAAACUGUGUCGCAGCAGAUCGACGCGAAAGGCCUGAAAACGUGGCCGAGUACAGAACGAUGGAGGUCCCAGCAGACGACCGCAAUUGGGACGAGGCACCGUCGGACCUGUCCGAGAGGCUCAACUGGGAUGGGACCGACAAUAUGGAGACGUUCCGGAUACCGACCUUGGUGGAGUGGAAAGAAAAGCGCGCGGCCAGGGUUGUAGCAGGACUAGACCCGAACGCGUCGGCGAGCGAAGAAGACGAAGGCGAAGAUGAAGACACCAAAAGUGGCGAUGGUGACGACAAGCAGCACAGCGGGGUCAGAAGCAAUGACAAUGAUGCCGAUGAUGAUGCCAAUCGCAGCGGUAGAGUGGAUGCUAGGGACAAGAGUGACGCUGCAGAUGGUGACGCAGGAGCCCUCGGGGGGGGCUCAACGAAGGCGGACGGGGAUGCCACCACCAAAUAGAGCUGUUAGACUAUAGCACUCUUGCUCAAGGGCGCGGCAGUUUAGGGUUAGCAGCUGGAUGUAUGGGGUGAGGUCUUGUGAGUCGGUCUGUGGUCCUGCCCGUGCUGUCGUACCCAUUGCCUGUUGCAUGAUCGUAUUGACCACCUCGUCCUUGGAAAACAGAGCAUCGUGUCACUUUU